AUGUCCCAAACCAGUUUAAAUGGACAUCAUGUACAGGAAGUUUUACCGAAAGGCUACAAAGUAGAAGAGAUCGAAAUACCAGUGCCGUGGGGGCACGUUGCUGGCAGGUGGUGGGGCCCUAGAGACAAACAGCCGAUUAUCGCCAUCCACGGCUGGCAAGACAACGCCGGUACAUGGGACAACCUCAUCCCCCUACUGCCUGUUAAUACUGCAGUACUGUGCAUAGACCUUCCAGGACAUGGUCUUUCAACACAUUACCCUCCUGGUAUGUUAUACUACAUUUUCUGGGAUUACAUUGUCCUAGUAAGAAGAAUAGUAAAACACUUCAAAUGGAGUAAUGUUACUCUAAUGGGACAUUCCCUUGGAGGAGCUAUUAGUUUCAUGUACGCGGCGUCAUUCCCUGACGAAACUGAAAAAAUUAUUUGCGUCGACAUAGCCAGUCCGGCGGUUAGAGAACCAUCUGUUAUGGUCAAAAGUACUGGGUUCAGUAUCGAUAAAAUGCUAGAAUACGAGCAUCUGCCAGAAAAUAAAAUUCCCUGUUAUGGAUACGACGAAAUGAUUGAUAUAGUCUGUGACGCGUAUAAAGGUUCUAUUUCAAGGGAAAAUUGUAAGAUAUUAAUGAAGAGAGGAAUGACUCCGACUCCGGCACAUACAAAGAAACAAGGAUACUUGUUCAAAAGAGACCUUAAAUUGAAGGUGUCCGGGUUGGCAAUGAUGUCAAUAGAGACGGCUUUAGAGUACGCUAGUAAAGUUAAGUGCAAAGUAUUGAAUAUCAGGGCAUUGCCAGGACAAAGGUGGGAGAAAUUAGAUUAUUAUCUGAGCGUUAUAGAGAAACUGAAGGAGACUGCUGAAGUUCAAUAUGUGGAGGUGGAAGGCACACAUCACGUACAAUUAGAAGCUCCUCAGAAUAUAGCCAGUAUUAUAGAAGAAUUCUUAGAAGAAUAUUAA